GCUUCUGCCUGACCGGGAGGUGGGACGAGGCCUAUGGUGUGGAAGAAACCCCGGGAGGUCUCAGGCGAGCCAAAGCUGCACAGGCGCUGCCCGGGUUCGCGGUUCCCACGCCUGAUCUCGGGUGCUCCAACGGGCUACAGGAUGGAGGAAGGUGAGGAUCCAGGAAGCCUGAUGAAAGUGGUCCACUUGCUGGUCUUGUCUGGUGCCUGGGGCAUGCAGAUGUGGGUGACCUUUGCCUCAGGCUUCCUACUUUUCCGGAGUCUUCCUCGGCAUACCUUCGGGUUAGUGCAGAGUAAGCUCUUCCCGGUCUACUUUCACAUCUCCUUGGGCUGUGCCUUCAUCAACCUCUGCAUCUUGGCUCCACAGCGAGCCUGGAUCCACCUCUCACUCUGGGAAGCCAGUCAGCUCGCUCUACUGCUCCUGAGCCUCACACUGGCCACUAUCAAUGCACGCUGGCUGGAGGCCCGCACCACGGCUGUCAUGUGGGCCCUACAGACUGUGGAGAAAGAUCGAGGCCUGGGGACAGAGGUGCCAGGCAGCCACCAGGGCCCUGACCCCUACCGCCAGCUGCGGGAGAAGGACCCCAAGUACAAUGCUCUUCGCCAGAAAUUCUUCCACUACCACGGUUUGUCUUCCCUCUGCAACCUGGGCUGCCUGCUCAGUAACGGGCUCUGCCUUGCUGGCCUCGCUCUGGGGCUCCAGAGACUUUAACACAGGCCUUAUGUGCCAAUAAAUGCUUCUUUGGA